GGACGUAUUUUACGCAUGAGCAUUUUUAAUAAAUAGUCAUGAAUGAAAUACUGAUCGUUUAACUGAAAAUAGCUUAUCAAGCGCUGAAUUAACAAAAAGUUUUUAAAAUUCCCGAUAAGGUGGCUUGCAAAAUAAUAGUGGAAAUUUUCUUCUAAUUAAUGAUUAAUGAGUUAGUUUCACAUGCUUUAUGUGUUAAAUACAUUUUCAAAAAAAUUUAUUUAAAAUCGAUACUUAGCAAAAUAAUUUUUUUUAUAUAAUACAUUAUAUUACAUACUUUCUGGUAAACACGAUAUUUUUAUAUAUAUUCAGUGCGUAAUUGCAGUAGCAAGAAAAUUCUUUUUCAUUAUAUGCUUAUGUAUCAUGUACAGUAUGUACCAGAGCAAUGAUUUGGAUUUUGUUGCUGACUUUGCAUUCGAGAUAUUGACUAAUUCGAAUGUAUGCUAGUAUAAAUACUUCAAGUAAUAGAUAAAUGCUUCAUUCUUCGCUAAAUUGCGACGAAGAACAAGAUGUGGUCACCCGCGAUUUUGUUGCUCCUCAUUGGAGCAACAUUCGCCAACCAACAAAAUGGUUGGACGAACGGAAAGCAGUACACGUACGCAAUUAACAGCCGAACUAUAGCAACAUUCAAUCAACAGUCAAAAUAUUUGAGCGGUAUUGUGAUCGAAGCUUACCUCACCGUCCAGCCCAAUGGCGAAGAUACUCUUCGUGCCAAGAUCUGGCAGCCGCGAUACUCGCCGAUUCACACACAGCUCGAGAACGGCUGGGACUCGGAAAUUCCACAGAAUCUGAUUAAUCUGCAGACUUUCCCUCUCAGCGGCAAGCCCUUUGAGAUCAAGACUAAGAACGGCGUCGUUCGCGAUCUGAUUGUCGACAAGGAUGUGCCGACUUGGGAAGUCAACGUACUCAAGGGUAUUGUCAGUCAACUGCAGAUCGACACUUCUGGCGAAAACGUCAAAAAAUCCAAGCGCAAUCAGUUACCCGAAGAAAACCAACCCUUCGCCUUUUUCAAAGCCAUGGAAGACUCUGUUGGUGGCAAGUGCGAAGUGCUUUAUGACAUCUCGCCGUUGCCCGAGCAAGUACUUCAGAACAAACCAGAAUUGGCACCUAUGCCCGAACUUCGUGAGGACGGCGAUAUGAUUUCUCUGGUUAAAACUAAGAACUACAGCAACUGUGAGCAGAGAGCAGGCUACCAUUUCAAUAUCAACGGCAGAAAUGCGUGGGAACCUGGCAGCAAUGAAAAUAGAAAGUAUCUUUCGAGAUCGUCCGUUAGCCGAGUUAUCAUUUCCGGAAACCUCAGGAAGUACACUAUUCAAUCUUCGGUAACGACGAACAAGGUGGUUCACCAUGCAGAUAAUCAGGAGGAAAACCAGCAAGGAAUGGUCGCCAGUAGAAUGAACUUGACUCUGCACAAGGUUGAGGACAUGUCCGAACCGAUGGAAUCUCCUGUGAAUCCUCAAUCAACAGGCAAUUUGGUUUACAACUACAACAGUCCGAUCGACAGCAUAUCCGCACGUCGUCCCAACAAGUACAACCAGAAAGGCAGAUCAGACGAAAAAAAUAAAAAUUCGGACGAAUCCGACUCCGAAUCUGAUUCAGAUGGCAGUGUAUUCGACAACAACGAUGAUAGCUACCUGCAACCAAAACCAAAACUGACGGAUGCACCUCUAAGUCCUCUGCUUCCAUUCUUCAUUGGUAACAACGGCAAUUCUAUCCUGAAGAACAAAAAGGUCGACGCUGUUAAAUCUGCUACGAGUAUUGCCCAGGAGAUUGGUAACGAGAUGCAAAAUCCAGAUAUCAUGUUCGCUGAGCAGACGCUCGAGAAGUUCACCAUCCUUUCCAAGCUUAUUCGCACCAUGAAUUCCGAGCAAAUCGCUUCGGUUCAGCGAAGUUUGUACGAACGAGCACAAUCUCUAAACCAACUUAAGCAGAACAACCCAGAACAGCUUUCACGCAGGAACGCUUGGGUUGCUUUCCGCGAUGCUGUUGCACAAGCUGGUACUGGACCUGCCCUCGUUAACAUUAAGCAAUGGGUACAGAACAAACAGAUCGAAGGUACCGAAGCUACGCAUGUCAUCGAUACCUUGGCUAAGUCAGUCAGAAUUCCUACACCUGAAUACAUGGAUACUUACUUCGAAUUGAUCAAGAUGGAGGAAGUUAAAAGAGAAUUAAUUGUUCGUGACGCCGCUGUGCUCUCAUUCGCUGAUCUCAUUCGUCAUGCCGUUGUCAACAAGAAAAGUGCACACAACCAUUACCCAGUUCAUGCUUUUGGAAGACUUCUGCCGAAAAACUUCCGUCAAUUACAUGAAAAGUACAUCCCAUACCUGGAGGAAGAAUUGCUAAAGGCCGUAGACGCUGGUGAUAGUAGAAGGAUUCAUACGUACACAAUAGCACUCGGAAAGACAGCUCACCCUCGUGUGCUCGCCGUUUUUGAACCGUAUCUUGAGGGCAAGAAGCCGAUAUCUCCAUACCAACGUCUAGUUAUGGUUCUCUCACUGAACAAGCUCGCCUCCAUAUUUCCCAAGGUUGGAAGAUCCGUUCUUUACAAAAUUUAUUCUAAUACUGCCGAUUACCAUGAAAUCCGUACAGCAGCGGUAUAUCUGUUAAUGCAAUCCAAUCCAUCGGCAAGUAUGCUUCAGAGAAUGGCUGAGUUUACAAACUAUGACACAAGCAAGUACGUCAAUUCAGCCGUCAAAUCGACAAUAGAAUCGCUUGCUCAACUUCAUGACAACCAUGAAUACCAGGGACUCUUGGAUAGUGCUAGGGCUGCUCAACCCUUAUUGACUUCUGAAAGCUACGGUCCACAGUAUUCAAAACAAAUGUUCUUCAAUUUAAGGAAUCCUCUGACUCAGUCGGAUUAUUUCAUUCAAGCUAGUACUAUUGGUAGCGAGGACAGUAUCAUACCGAAGGGCGUGUAUGUUAUAACCAUACCGACCUACAAUGGAAUGAAGAUGCCAAAAAUAGAGAUUGGUGGAGAAGUUUCCAGUCUUAAGAACCUUUGGAACUUUGUUCAGCAGAGAAUAAGCAACAGUCAAAGAAGUGACAGCAACGAAAAACCUGAAAACCAAAAAUACUCACCUGAAAAUCUGGCUAAACUGUUAGGAAUUUACGGCGAAGAGACUGAACAAAUUGAAGGAUUUGCUUUCAUAAAUGAUAAGUUCGCGAAUCAUUUCUUGACUUUUGAUAAUCAUACCUUGGAGAAGAUUCCUGGAAUGUUGAGACAAUUAGCCGAAGACAUGAAACAAGGAAGAUCUUUUGAUGCAACUAAAUUAAAGAACUUCGAAGUCACUAUUAGUUUCCCAACCGAAACUGGAUUCCCGUUCCGCUUUACCGUGAAAAAUCCCACUAUUACGAGCGUCAGCGGAGUAUCCCACUUGAAAACUACAUCUGGCUCCGGCAGUCGUUCUGAGUGGCCUAAAGCGUCUCUGUCUGGAAACGUAAGAAUCGUCUACGGAUUACAGACUCAAAAGAGGCUCGGUUUUGUCACACCGUUCGAGCAUCAAGAAUACAUGGUUGGCAUCGACAAGGACAUGCAAGUUUAUUUACCUGUCCGUUCCGAAAUUGAAUACGACGUAAAUAAGGGAGAGACACGUCUAAGAAUCCAACCGAAUGAAAACUUAGAUGAAUUCAAAAUAAUUCAGUACAGGACCCAACCUUUUACCUCCAAACAUGAUAUUUUGAAUUUGGAACCAAUUACCAAAGAUUCAAACACAGCUACCGUUCACAAGAAUCGCGCUACCUCAUCCCAAAUAGAAUUGAACGAUAACAACAACAAACAGAGACUGCAAUUCAAUUGGGAAAGGCAGAUGAGGCACCUUGAAGAGGAAAUAGGAAACAGCUAUAACAAACGUCAAAAUGCUAUGGAAGCUAUGUGCAAACUCACCCAAUCUAUUUCGUCCAUGUUCUACUUGAACAGCGUAGACUCGGAAUACCAGAAAUACUCCGUAAAGGUAUCUCCAGGUAGUGAUAUGAGUGCAGAAAUGAGGAUUUCGCAUGACUCCAUGAUCACUGAAAACAGCGAGAAUACUGACAACUCUGAAAGCUGGUCACCAAACGCCAAAACAGUUCAUCUGGAAAGAAGCCUUAGUGAACAAGAACGCAAACAGACCCUUCUCAAAGAAGCCUCUAAGAACAUCAACUCAGCUGAGGCUAACGUCGUUGAUAUUAGUCUGCAACUCAACGGUGACAUGCAAUCUUCUGUAGCUCUCACUGCAGCUUUUGCGGAUAGUAACGUCGACCGAAAAUCUCGCGCUUUGCUCUAUGCCUCCGUAGAGACCAAAGGAGGACAGGAUUAUCACGUAUCUGCUGGAUUCGAGGGUAAGAACCCCAACAUCGAAUCUUUGGACUUCGAAGAAAUUUUAAAGGCCAAUGAUCGUCGUGAAUACGACCUAAACGUUCACUACGGCAUAGGUACGAACGAAAAUGACGAAAACAAACAGAACAGAAUCAAAGUUCGAGGAGAGAUCAAACAGACUGAGGAGCGCAAAAAACAGAUUCGCCAAUCUCACGAUGCCCGGGUGUGUAUGAAACAGCAAAGCUUGCACGGUGACAAGAUGACUUCGGCUUGCAAACGUAUCAAUAAGCGUGCAUCCUUAGCCGAUGCAGGCGAUUUCACGGUGACUUUCCCUAACAAGUCACCAAUGAGAGAAAUAGUCAUGAGUGCUUGGGAUGCAGCUGAACGAAUGACUCAGAGCGUCUCCCACUCGUGGAAAAACCGUAUGAUUAAGGAAGAAGACAACAAGGUAAAGGUCACUUUCGAAAUGUCGCCUAACGAUGAGAAGGUCGAUGUUACUGUCAAGACACCCGAAGGUCAAAUUCAACUGAAUAACAUCAAAGUAGCCUUAAUUAGCAACAAAAAUAAUGGAAACGUUAAGGACAAUCGUAAUGAAGAUGACGAAGAGUUGAACAAACUCAACGAUAAUGUUUGUCAACUGGACAAAACGCAAGCCAGGACAUUCGACAACCACCGCUACCCACUUCAACUUGGCUCAUGUUGGCACAUCGCGAUGACUCCUUAUCCAAAACACGAUCCAGACACACCUUCUAAGAAAUUGGAGAUUCCCGAGAACAUGCAGGUCAGCAUACUGACCCGUGAGAACGAGAAUGGACAGAAAGAACUGAAAAUCACCCUUGGGGAAAGUUUGAUCGAACUCUCCGCAUCAGGACCACGUCAGACUCAUGCCAAGGUCAACGGCAACAAAGUUCAUUACUCGAAACACAAGAGCUACAAGGAGAAGAAGCACGGAAAGGUCCUCUUCGAGCUCUUCGAACUUUCGGAUGAAUCCUUGAAGCUGGUCUCCAAGAAAUAUGACAUCGAGAUUGUGUACGAUGGAUACCGUGCUCAGAUCGAGACUGGUGAGAGAUACCGUGAUUCCGUUCGAGGUCUCUGUGGUAACAACGAUGGCGAAUCCAUGAACGACCAGCAGACACCCAAAGGUUGUCUUCUUCAGAAGCCCGAGGAAUUCUCGGCCACUUAUGCCUUGACCAAUGAUGACCAGUGCCAAGGACCAGCAAUUCGCAAUGCCGAUGAAGCCAAAAAAUCUCAGUGCAGCUACCAAACCAUUCGUCCUGGAAAUGUCAUUAGUGAAAAAGAAGCUGGUCGUGAAACCGAACUAUCUCAGGAUUCCGAUGGUGCAAAACAUUGCAUGACCCACCGCACUAAGAUCAUAAGAUCCAAAAACGAGAUCUGCUUUUCGCUUCGACCUAUACCUACCUGCUUAUCGAAGUGCAGCCCUAGCAGCAUUAAGAGCAAGGCCAUUCCGUUCCACUGCGUUGCCAAGAACAGCGCAUCCCAAAAAGUCGCCGAACGCGUUGAAAAGGGCGCGAACCCUGAUUUGACGCAAAAGUCUGUUUCAAAGACUCUCACUGAACAGUUGCCAAUCAAUUGUAAGGCUUGAAAAUAUUGUUUGUGAUUUUAGACUAUAAUUUGACAUUAUUAGAUAGAUAAAUGCAUAUUGCUUAUUGUAUUUAGUUGUAUCAAAGUUGUGUAACGGUUUAAUUUUUUAAACCAUAUUUAGCGAAAUUUUUCAAACAAAAUACUAUAUUAAAUAGCAUUAUAAAACUUACAUAAAAAUUAA